AUGACCAUGGCGGCCCACGCGCCUCCAUCACCAAGUGCCGUGCCAGCCGCGAAGAGGAUACGCCAGGCCUCACCCAACCGCCCUUCACCCGAACCCACGGCAGAGACUGUACCUGAGGCAUCCACAACAUCACCAAUUGACGAUCACUCUACCGGCGGCGCCGCGAACGCUGCGGCCAGCAGCGCCAAUGGAACCAGCACGACCGCCGCGGCGCGCUCUGGCAGUGCUGGCGGCGGUGCUGGCGGCGGAGGGAAGGUCAGCCAGAGCAGCAACUUCCGCAAUGUCAGCGCCUGCAACCGGUGCCGUUUACGAAAGAACCGUUGCGACCAGCGGUUGCCCAGCUGCGUCAGUUGCGAGAAGGCCGGUGUAGCCUGCGUAGGAUACGAUCCCAUUACAAAACGAGAGAUUCCACGAAGCUAUGUUUACUAUCUAGAGACGAGAAUCGAGCAGCUAGAGGCUCUCUUGCGGGAGAACAAGAUUGCCUUCCCAUCCGCAGAAGAGCUUGAGCAUUCAAGCACCAUGCGGUCUCCGACAGAAGCCGUCCGCAGCAGCGGGCUUGCGGACCAAGCAAAGAGCGGCGCCUCCUUGGACGUGGGCCGGAGCAGGAGCGGAGGCGGCCAUGACGUCGGUGGUGGUACCGGCGAGGACAGGUCCGACAACCGGGGCAACAGACAGCAACACGACGAUCUCCACAAUGAUGACGACGACAAUGGCGCUGCGUCGGCUACCAGCCGGAUACAGAAGCUGGUGGCCCGCGCCAAUCAGACCCGGGAUCAGGGCACAUCAAACCCGCGGCAUCUGGGUGCGGCGACGGGUGUGUCCUUUGCGCGUGUCGUCUUUGCUGCUGUCCAGUCGUCCGUCUCGGACCACAAAUCCAUCUCUGACAAAGGCAGCAUCCGCCCCUACAAACCCAUUGCGGGCAACGGCUCAGUCGGGGCCGGCACAUCCAUGCGCGACUCGUUCUUCGGCCUCCAUACGAAACCCACGAUCCAUCCGGCUGUGUUCCCUGAUCGUGAGCUGGGCCGGAAGCUGGUCGGCCUCUACUUUGAGCACGCCAACCCCCAGAUACCUGUUCUCCACCGCGAAGACUUUAUGCAAAUGUUUGAGCUGGCGUAUGCCACAGAAGGACGCGUUCGCGGGCCGAAGGAACUGUACAUGCUCAACAUGGUGUUUGCCAUUGGCGGCGGCAUCAUUGUCGGCGACCACGGCAAAAACGACGACGCGGACGGUGAGGGCGGUGAGAGAGACGGCGAGAACAGCUGCGGCGGCACGGGAAGUCGCUUCAAGCAGUGCCAGCCGGAGGAGUAUCAUGCCAGCGCCAUUGUGCACCUGGAGGCCUGUCUGAGCAACAGCGGAGGCGGCUUAGAAGAGCUGCAAGCAGUCUUGCUGCUCGCCAAUUUUGCCCUUUUGCGCCCUGUCCCGCCUGGUCUCUGGUACAUUAUUGGCGUUGCUGUGCGGCUCGCUGUCGAUCUCGGGCUGUACUAUGAGGAUGGCAAGGAUGUGGAGGCCGGACUGGGCUCCAAUGCCGCAGCGAACGAAGCACUGACGAGAGAACGCGGCCGUCGGGAAUACGUACGCGACCUUCGGCGCCGACUGUGGUGGUGCACGUACUCGUUUGAUCGGCUUGUCAGCGUCUGCGUCGGCCGGCCGCUUGGUGUCUCCGAUCUCGUCAUGACGACCGAGUUCCCCUCGCUGCUUGACGACCGUUACAUUACACCUAACGGCUUUUUGCGCAAAGAGCACGACCCCUCCGAACCCACCUACAAGCGCGUGGCCUACCACUACUUCCACCUGCGCGUUCUGCAAUCGGAGAUUAUACAGGUUCUCCAGUACCGGCAAGCGCAGGUGGCCCUGGCUACCUCGACUGAAAAGAACCACCCGCUCAUGUACGCCGACCUACCGUCGCCAUUCCUUGCAAAAUUCGACUCGUUCCGGACGUGGCGCAUCGACAUCGACCGCCGCCUCUACAAGUGGAAGACAACCAUGCCGCCAAAGCCGGACAAUGGCGUGGCCUUUUCUACUGAGUUCUUGGAGCUCAACUACUGGCAGUGUAUCAUUAUGCUGUACCGGCAAAGCCUGAGCGUCCCGCCCAUGUUUGAAGGCGAAUACCACACCUCCAAAGAGGUCAACAACCCGACAGCCUAUCAAUCAGAGCUGCGCGAGGACGAAGAACGCGUGUACCUCAAAGUCGCCGAGGCCGGCCAGAGGAUCCUGCGUCUCUACCGCCAGCUGCAUCUGAUUGGACUGGUCAACUACACGUACCUGGCGACACACCACCUGUUCAUGGCUGGCAUUUCGUAUCUUUAUGCAAUCUGGCAUUCGCCCAUUGUACGCAGUCGACUGAGUAUGGAUGAGGUCGACUUUACGAUCCUGGCUGCCACGUCGGUAUUUUCUGAUCUGAUUGAAAAAUGCCCGCCUGCUGAAGCGUGCCGUGAUGCCUUUGACCGAACAGCCAAGGCGACGAUCAAGAUGGCCAACUCAACGGGUGGCUUUUCACAAACGGCCUCUUUCCACUCCUACCAGUCCCGGCGGCAGUCAAGAGGAGCGGCCGAUGGACAGCGCCUGGACUGGGGGUUUUCACCAAACGAGGUCACGACGGCCUUGUCGACCACCUCUACCGGCUCAGGGGACAGUGCUCAUGUAUAUCCGAAUGCAAAUACACAGAGCGCAUCGUCCAACAAACAUCACCACCAAUCGCACCAUCGGAACCAGCAGCAACGGCAACAGCAGCAGCAACAACAGCAGCAGCAGCUUCGGCAGUAUCAACAACAACAACAACAACAACAAAAUAGCGUCAAGAUGGAGCAGGAUGGCUUCCCAAUGAUGGACACGGCGCUCAGUAUUCCACGGAGCAACGCUAGUUCUUAUGAUAUGUUGGGCACACCAGACGGCUCAGCCGUCGACCCGUCGACCAUUCUGACCUCGCCGACAAUCAGCCAGCAGCAGCAGCAACAACAGCAACAGCAACAGCAACGACAACAGCUGCAGGCCAACUCCGUCUACACUCCCAAUGGUCAGGCAUUCGCCGAGCUGCAGGGCAUGGAGUUCCUCCAGGACCUCAACACCAACAUUGGUGACGGCGCCGGACCCCUGAUUGGUGGUAGUGGGGCGGAUGGCCCGAUGGGUGACCAGCAAAUAGACUUUGGCCUCAACUUCGGAUGGGAGGGUAUGCACCACGACUUCAACGAUGGCCAGCAGCUGGACUUGUUUGAUGGUUUCUUCUUUGGCGGUCAGCAGGGCGGCAACGGCGGCAGCGGUAAUCCAGGUGGCAUAUAG